CAUGGCAAGUGAAUAAACUCUACUCUCCCGAUCGAGGUCUGCAUUUAGCUCAGUAUCCGUAUAGUCGUUGUGUUGGGAUAGUGAUACUCUGUAUGUGUUGGAUUUUCUCAUCUGCGAUAUAAGACAUGGCGUGCAACUGCCCGGUGACCCAACCGGGUCCCACCCUCGCGGCAACGUGCGGGGGUGCCCAGUACAUGCUGUUCAUGGGCUUGCUGGAGGUGUUCCUGAGGUCCCAGUGCGAUCUGGAGGAUCCUUGCGGGAGGCUGGAGAGCUCGCCUCUGUUCCCAGAGUACGAUUUUAUCAUAGUAGGCACUGGCAGCGCGGGAUCGGUGGUCGCCAGUCGGCUGUCGGAGAUACCCGAGUGGAGGGUUUUGACGAUAGAGGCAGGUCUAGACGAACCUACAGGCACGCAGGUACCGUCGAUGUUCUUAAAUUUUAUCGGUUCGGACAUAGACUGGGGCUUCCAAACAGAACCUGAGACUCAGGCCUGUCUAUCAGAGAAUGAGAGGAGGUGUUACUGGCCGAGGGGAAAGGUAGUUGGAGGCACGUCGGUCAUGAACGGCAUGAUGUAUAUCAGAGGGUCCAGGAAAGACUACGACGAUUGGGCUGCGCUAGGCAACGAGGGUUGGAGCUACAACGAAGUCCUCCCUUACUUCUUAAAGAGCGAGGACAACAAACAAAUCGACGAGAUGGACCAGGGCUUCCACUCCAAGGGAGGUCUUUUGACUGUGUCUAGAUUCCCUUACCAUCCACCGCUAUCCAAGGCAAUUCUAAAGGCGGGCGAAGAACUAGGUUACAAAACAAGAGACUUGAAUGGAAACCACCACACCGGCUUUGCCAUAGCACAAACCACCAACAGAAACGGCUCGAGAAUGAGCACGGCCAGAGCAUUUUUGAGGCCUUUCAAGCACAGGAGGAACCUGCAGAUCCUGAUGAACGCCACGGUGACAAGAGUCCUUAUAAACACGAACACGAAGCAAGCUUACGGGGUUGAGGUGUUGCGUGAUGGAAAGAAACAGGUCAUCUAUGCCAGUAAGGAAGUUAUAGUGUCCGGAGGUGCUGUGAAUUCUCCUCAAAUUCUUCUUCUUUCCGGAGUGGGACCAAGGGAGGAACUGCAGAAGGUAAAUGUGCCGGUGGUGCACGAUUUACCUGGAGUUGGCAAGAAUCUCCACAACCACGUUGCCUUCUUCAUCAACUACCACAUCAACGACACCAAUAGUGCUCCAUUAAACUGGGCUACUGCUAUGGAGUACCUGCUUUUCAGGGAUGGGCUCAUGAGUGGUACAGGUAUAUCAGAGGUGACGGGUUUUGUCAACACCAAGUACCGAAAUCCUGAACUGGAAGACCCGGACAUCCAGUUCUUCUUUGGAGGUUUCUUGGCGAACUGUGCCCGAACAGGGCAAGUUGGCGAGAAAGUGGACAACAGCACCAGGUCGAUUCAGAUAAUACCCACGGUUCUGCACCCAAAGAGCAGAGGAUCUAUCCGGUUAAGGGAUAACAACCCUCUAACCUACCCCAUGAUCUUCGCCAACUACUUCACCCAUCCAGAUGACAUCAACACUCUGGUGGAGGGAAUCAAAAUUGCCCUGAAGCUAGCAGAAACAAAAGCGUUGAAGAAAUAUGGCUUCCAAUUGGACAGGACGCCGGCACCUGGUUGCGAGAACAUCUCCUUCGGGUCGGAUAGUUACUGGGCGUGCGCAGUGAGACAACAGACAGGUCCGGAGAACCAUCAAGCGGGCAGCUGCAAGAUGGGGCCCUCUAAGGACCCCAUGGCUGUCGUCAACCCGGAUUUGCAGGUAUAUGGGAUCGACAGAUUGAGGGUAAUAGACGUCAGUAUAAUGCCAAGGGUGACCUCCGGCAACACCAACGCCCCCGCGAUCAUGAUAGCGGAAAAGGGGUCUGAUUCCAUAAAAUCAAGAUGGCUGACGCCCGAAUCGGGGUUUUUCUACACGAAUUCCCCUAGCCAGAGAAUAGACAGGCAGUGGGGGUCUUGGUAAUGUCCCUGCACCACCUAGAAGUAUUUCAAUUGACUUUUUUUUAACUCGGACAAGUGGUGGACUUUAAAGACGUACAAUUGCGUGUCAGUGUAGCGUUUUGUAGUUAUAUAUUUCGAAUUUAUAAAGAAUUAAACACAUUUAGUUUUCAAUGGCGUCCUUGGGUUGGAUUAAAAAUCAUGGUGGUGAUGGUGCAGUUCAUUCAACGUGAAAUGGUAAUAGUGGAAGGUAAAACAAGGGACAAUACUAUUCUUAAAAAGAACGUGAAUUUGGAAUUAAAAAUAAAAUCAGUGCUCAGAAAGACAUAAUGACGUAGAUUUGUGGUAAACACGAUAUUUCUAACAAAAUUUCAACCAUUAUAUGAUGUGACGUCUUAAAAACGUCCGAUUAACAUUUUUUCUCGUGAAAUAAAAGAUCUAUCUUUGGAAUCCGAUGUUCUACAAUGUAUAUCUAAAAAAAUGUAAAUAAAAAUGUAAUACGUCUAUAAACUGACGUCUUUUUAGCGUUUUGGUGGUUUUAAAUGCAUUUGGACCAAUUUUAGAGACUAACGGUGAUUGUAAAUUUAAAUUAUUUGUAAUGUAUAUAGCGGUUACUAAAAAAAUAAGCCCAGCAACCUACAUUGAGAAAACUGGUUUCAUUAUAGUCAAUUAUUAUUUUUUUUCUUCUGGAAUGCACCAAAUAUCAGUAAGGCAGCAUAUUCUACAAAUUUCUGUACAAAUAUAUCAGUACAACAUGCACAGACGUAAUUGUUUAUAUUGUAUAGAGAAAUCUAUGUACCUAAUUUAUCAUUUAGUAUUUAUUGUUAUUGUGUGAAUUUCAAAUAAAUUUUUUACAGUA